AAAAGAAAUCUCCGUAAGAUUCUCUUCCACCAUUGUUGCGAUGGUCGCUUUCCCUCUUUAGCUUCCCAACGAGUCGUCGCCUAUAACUUUGUAUCUCUGUAUCUUCCUUUCUGGAAUAUUCUCCUUCAUUUUCCCAUAUUUAUCCUAGCUUUUCUUUCAAAAUGGGUUGGUUCUGGGCAGACUCCCCGUCGCAGCCAACAGCUGUGGUUCCGAACCCAUUGGCAUCCUCGGACACCACCCCCCCUCCAGCAUGUCCAAUGCACACGGGUAACUCGUCGCCUCCGGUGUCAUCCUCAGUUCCUGAACCACCUAGUGCCUGUCCCGUCCGGUCUAAGGACUCUCCCUUCUAUGUGCCACCGAAGUCAAAAUCUUCAGAUACGCCAUUGCCUUCUAAACCAGAAAACAAAUCAACCUUAUCCAAAAUGAACCCUUUGAACUAUAUGUUCUCUUCCAUCUCUCAGGAACGAGCACCGAACCAAACCGUCGAGCUGCCGCUGGAGCGUGAGCCUUCCUCUAUACCCCGUGGAGAUACAGAUAGCAAUUGGGAGUAUCCUUCUCCUCAGCAAAUGUACAAUGCUAUGUUACGCAAAGGUUACACGGAUACCCCUCAAGAUGCAGUGGAAGCAAUGGUUGCAGUGCACAAUUUUCUGAAUGAAGGCGCUUGGGAUGAAAUUGUCGGAUGGGAACGUAUAUUCUCGAAAGGUCUAAAAAAUGGCUGGGAAAAGUGCCGACGUGGCGAGGAAAACAUCGCAUUAGAUGCCGCCAGAGAAGUGACAGAUGCGGGUGCCCCGGAGAAUCAGCCACGCCUUCUCAGGUUCCAAGGUCGGCCGCAGGAACUUACUCCAAAGGCGCAGGUACUGCAAACACUAGGUUGGCUGUAUCCAGCAAAGUUUGGAACACCUCCACCGUUCGAUCGACACGACUGGUUUGUGAUGCGACAGACGCCGUCUGGUCCGAAAGAAGUUCGUUAUGUGAUUGAUUACUAUUCAGGGCCUCCCGAGCCUACAGGAGAGCCUGUCUUCUAUCUGGAUAUCAGGCCUGCCUUGGACACACCUACCGCUGCUGUAGAGCGAUUGAUGAGAUGGGGAGGCGAUGUUUGGUGGCGAGCUACUGGUGCUGUAGUUCGAGAAAACGGCAGGAACUAAUGGCGCAAUUCCACUGCUGAUGAUAUUGUUCUUCGGCGAUGAUGACUCUCCACUCACCUGUAUACUGAACAAGGCGCGGGCGUCUGAUGGCCCUCCAUAGGGACGCAUCAUUCUAUAUGUUUCUUUUCUUACCUUCCCUGCUUCUCUAUACACCCUACUUAAUUAUUUCACCUUCCCUGUCUAAACAUGAAAUAGAUUUCUUUCGGCUAUACGGACUGCCAGGCAGAUAAUGAUGGCGAUGAAACAAUGGCCUCUACAGUUGUUAUUCGGGACGAAAUACAUGCCACCCAUGCUCCUUUGCGUCUUUCCAGCAUUUUCCCUCGAAGAGGCUAUCUAUUGAUACAGUAAUUUGUCUAGGGAAGUCUAUAUGGUUCUUGUAGGCGUAGUUUUUCCGAUACAAGGGCAUCGCCCACCAAAACUAAAAUGACAGGAAGACUAGUACUGAAGAUUUUUCGCUGCUAAUGCGGC